CCCUGGGCCGCCUGCGCGCAGGUAGGGAAGAGGCGGAGCGCGGCGCCGACCGGGAGGAGCUGCCUGCCCAGGCGCUCGGUAGCGUUGCUCCGAGCUGCGUCCGGGGGACGAGGGGCCGCAGGGAGGCUGUGAGUGACAGGGAGGCUGCCCUGCUUGACCUGGAGCCCAGCUAUCCGUCCUGCCAUCCAUCUGUCCAUCCAUCCCUCUGCAGAGCUGAGGCCUGACCCCAGAGUAUCUGUGCCGAGUGAGGAAAGGACUAAAACAUACUCUAAAGACGCCCACCACGAGACUGAGGAAGCUGCAAUUUGAGCCCAGACUCUGAAGGUGCAGGGAGACAUCUGGAAGGUUCUACACACUGAACUGUCUUCUCUAGAGAGUGGGGUUACAGCCCUCCUCCCUUCCCACCCACCAUGGCCUCGGCUGACAAGAAUGGCGGGAGCGUGUCCUCAGUGUCCAGCAGCCGCCUGCAGAGCCGGAAGCCGCCCAACCUGUCCAUCACCAUCCCACCGCCCGAGACCCAGGCCCCCGGUGAGCAGGACAGCAUGCUGCCCCAGAGGCCCAACAACCCGGCCUACAUGAAGAGCGUCAGCCUCCAGGAGCCGCGGGGACGAUGGCAGGAGAACAGCUCCGAGAGGCCCCCCAGCUUCCGCCGCCAGGCCUCCCUGUCCCAGAACAUCCGCAAGUGGGGAAAGUGCGGCCCAGGAGGAUGUGAACUUGGCAGAAAGUCAGUGUGGAGGCCGAGAGGGGUCAGGUUCAGGGGCCUGGGGGGCACGGCCCAGUGGUUUGGGGUCAGCAGCGACUGGGAAGGGAAGCGCCAGAACUGGCAACGCAAGAGCCUGCACCACUGCAGCGUGCGCUACGGCAAGCUGAAGUCCUCGUGCCAGCGGGACCUGGAGCUGCCCAGCCAGGAGGUGCCUUCCUUCCAGGGCACCGAGUCCCCAAAACCUUGCAAGAUGCCCAAGAUUGUGGAUCCGCUGGCCCGGGGCCGGGCCUUCCGCCACCCUGACGAGGUGGACCGGCCUCACGCCCCGCACCCCCCGCUGACGCCAGGGGUCCUGUCACUCACCUCCUUCACCAGCGUCCGCUCUGGCUAUUCCCACCUGCCCCGCCGCAAGAGGAUGUCCGUAGCCCACAUGAGUUUCCAGGCUGCUGCCGCCCUCCUCAAGGGACGCUCGGUGCUGGAUGCCACCGGUCAGCGGCACCGCGUAAUCAAACGCAGCUUUGCCUACCCCAGCUUCCUGGAAGAGGAUGCGGUUGAUGGGGCAGACACAUUUGACUCCUCGUUUUUUAGUAAGGAAGAAAUGAGCUCUAUGCCUGAUGACGUGUUUGAAUCCCCCCCACUCUCUGCCAGCUAUCUCCGUGGGGUCCCACACUUGGCCUCCCCGGUCUCCCCCGAUGGGGUGCAAAUCCCACUGAAGGAGUAUGGCCGAGCCCCGGUCCCCACCGCCAAGCGCGGCAAGCGCAUCGCCUCCAAGGUGAAGCACUUCGCCUUCGACCGGAAGAAGCGACACUAUGGCCUGGGCGUGGUGGGCAACUGGCUGAACCGCAGCUACCGCCGCAGCAUCAGCAGCACCGUGCAGCGGCAGCUGGAGGCCUUCGACAGCCACCGACCCUACUUCACCUACUGGCUGACCUCCGUCCACAUCAUCGUCACGCUGCUGGUGAUCUGCACAUACGGCAUUGCACCUGUGGGCUUUGCCCAGCACGUCACCACCCAGCUGGUGCUGAGAAACAAAGGUGUGUACGAGAGCGUGAAGUACAUCCAGCAGGAGAACUUCUGGAUCGGCCCCAGCUCGAUCGACCUGAUCCACCUGGGGGCCAAAUUCUCCCCCUGCAUCCGGAAGGACCAGCAGAUCGAGCAGCUAGUGCUGCGGGAGCGGGACCUGGAGCGGGACUCAGGCUGCUGCGUCCAGAAUGACCACUCGGGCUGCAUCCAGACGCAGCGGAAGGACUGCUCGGAGACUUUGGCCACUUUUGUCAAGUGGCAAGAUGACACCGGGCCCCCCAUGGACAAGUCCGAUAUGGGCCAGAAGCGGACCUCGGGGGCCGUGUGCCACCAGGACCCCAGGACAUGCGAGGAGCCAGCCUCCAGCGGAGCCCACAUCUGGCCUGACGACAUCACCAAGUGGCCGAUCUGCACAGAGCAGGCCAGGAGCAACCACACGGGCUUCCUGCACAUGGACUGCCAGGUCAAGGGCCGCCCCUGCUGCAUCGGCACCAAGGGCAGCUGCGAGAUCACCACCCGGGAGUACUGCGAGUUCAUGCAAGGCUAUUUCCAUGAAGAGGCAACGCUCUGCUCCCAGGUGCACUGCUUGGACAACGUGUGUGGGCUCCUGCCGUUCCUCAACCCCGAGGUCCCCGACCAGUUCUACAGGCUGUGGCUGUCCCUGUUCCUACAUGCUGGCGUGGUGCAUUGCUUCGUGUCCGUGGUCUUCCAAAUGACCAUCCUGCGGGACCUGGAGAAGCUGGCCGGCUGGCACCGCAUCGCCAUCAUCUUCAUCCUCAGUGGCAUUACGGGCAACCUCGCCAGCGCCAUCUUCCUCCCGUACCGGGCUGAGGUGGGCCCAGCUGGAUCGCAGUUCGGCCUCCUGGCCUGCCUCUUCGUCGAGCUCUUCCAAAGCUGGCAGCUGCUGGAGCGGCCCUGGAAGGCCUUCCGGAACCUCUCGGCCAUCGUGCUCUUCCUGUUCGUGUGUGGUCUCCUGCCCUGGAUUGACAACAUCGCCCACAUCUUCGGCUUCCUCAGCGGCCUGCUACUGGCCUUUGCCUUCCUGCCCUACAUCACCUUCGGCACCAGCGACGCCUAUCGCAAGCGCGCCCUCAUCAUCAUCUCACUGCUGGUCUUCGCCGGACUCUUCGCCUCCCUCGUCAUCUGGCUCUACGUCUGCCCCAUCCACUGGCCCUGGAUCGAGUACCUCACCUGCCUCCCCUUCACCAGCCGCUUCUGCGAGAAGUACGAGCUGGACCAGGUGCUGCACUGACCGCUGGGCCGGGUCCAGCUGCUGCCCCGGAGCAGGGACGGGGGGCUGUGCUUGCCAAGCCCCCUUCCCCAGAGACGAUGGGGCCAUGCCUGCCAAGCCCCCUCCACCAGCAGGAUGACAUGACUGUGCCUGCCGAGCCCCCCGCCCCUCUGUCCUCACCCGAAGAUCCGUGGACUGGGGCUCAGCCCUGGGCCCAGCUGCUCCUCCUGCCUGGGAAGCUGACUGCGUGCGAUGCCCCAUAAGGGCAUGUUUCUUGGGAGCAGAAGUCCCCCACCUCCGGCCUUUGUGCCCUGGUCCAAGCUGGGGGACCCCCAGAGCCCUGGUUCUCAACAGCUCAGGUCACAGCCCCCCACCCCCCUUUCCAAACCCCUGCUUUAGGGCCCAUCUCCGGGGGGGGGUUCUUUUCUCCCAGGGUCCUCAGGCUGCUGCUGUUCUCCCUCCCCCACCUCCACCACUGCCUUCUCUCCUGCUGACACUGUGAACGUGCCACCCUGCCAAGGCCACUUCAGGGUGGAGGGGCACCAUCUGGGGACCCGGGUCCACCCCCACCACGGGCCUCACCAGGGGCCCCUUCCCAUUUUCCCAGGGAGCCCACACCCCAGGUACAUUGUGGCCUCGAGCCCUGAGGUGUCUCUGCAGGACAACACGGGAAAGGCUCAGCCUCGGUCUGGGCACAGAGAACCAGUGAGCUGUCCAGGCUGGGGCGCCAGGAGCCUUUGCUUGUUUUCAGCAAAUGGGAAGGGGCUUCUGGUCCCCUUCCCCGGCUGCCCUGUGGCCCCACCACCCGCUACCUCACUCGUCACCCAUGUCGGGGUGGAGGCUGGACCCCACCCAGGACCCACUCCCAGGGGUGCACAAGGCUCAUCAGGCCCAUUUUUUUACCAGUGUAUAUUAUGGUCAUGAUUUUUAAAAGUAAUACUAACUGUACGGAUGACGCUA